AUGGCCACAAACCGAGAGACAAUGCAUGCGGCAUCACUAUGCGAAGGCGCUCGUGACGCAACAUGUCCGCGUAUUUGCGGGCCAACUCUACAAGGGGACCCGGUCUGCGCAACCGAUGGAUACAUCUAUCCUUCACUCUGUGAGAUGAGGAAGAAGACUUGUGGGAGAGGAGUAAAACUAGCCCAGGAUCAAGGUUCUUGCUCCCGAGCUCAAGGAUCUAAAUGUGAACACCGGUGUACAUCUGAACGUGACCCUGUAUGCGGCACUAAUGGACGGACUUACCUCAACAGAUGUAUGUUGCAAGUAGAAAUAUGCAGAGUUGGCAUCGGUCUGUCUCACCUCGGAGCUUGUAACAACAUCAGCGCCCACCGCGAGAACUGCCCCGUUGACUGCUCGCAGGCGCCCUUAGACGGCCCGGUCUGCGGCUCGGAUGGAAAUGUGUAUAAAAGCACGUGCCAAAUGAAGCUAUUUACGUGCGGACAAGGUGUAGUGAAAACGAACAAGAAACAUUGCCAAACAACCCGCCACUGCAGAGAAUCGUGCUGGAGAGUGGCGAGGCCCACUUGCGGAUCUGACGGAAAACUCUACGCUAAUGCGUGCAGAAUGAAGGCAACCAAUUGCGGCAAACACGUGUUUGAAGUUCCCAUGGCGUUUUGUGUUUCACAAGAGAGGACCUCUGGUGGUGAAUCCUGUCCUACUGAUUGCUCUGACCAGAAAGAAAAAGUGGUCUGUGGAUCAGACGAGAAUAUAUACAGGAACGAAUGUGAAAUGAAGAUGCUCAAUUGUGGCGUCAAUAACAGGAAGAUAGUGAAGAAAGUUGAUAUGGAGAAAUGCAAGACAAAAAUGAAUAAGUGCCUCAAAGUGAAGUGCCGAAGCGAUUACGAUCCGGUCUGCGGAACCGACGCUAACGUGUACCCUAACUCUUGCCAGCUUAAAAUUGCAACCUGCCUCAAAGGAGUACAACUGGCUCAUUUCGGUAACUGCUCAAUUCUGCCGCGUCUUGAGACUGACUGUCCAGACAACUGUGAUAACGUUGUGGAACAACCUGUGUGCGGGUCCGAUGGCAACGUCUAUAGAUCCGAAUGCGAACUCCGCCGUUUGACCUGUGGUCAGCACGUAGUGGCAGUGGCAGCGUCGCACUGCCGCACAACGGCGCUCUGCCACGAGUCGUGUCCCGACACUGCGGCUUUCGUCUGCGGAUCUGACAACCGCUUCUACAAGAAUGAGUGUAUUAUGAAGAAGGAGAAUUGUGGUAAACACGUGUACGUGGUGCCGUUGAAGAGAUGCCUCUCUCGCUUCCAAUACUCCGGCUGCGCUCGUGUCUGCCCGGCUGAAUACGACCCAGUUUGUGGCACUGAUGACAAGACUUACUCGAAUAAAUGCUUCCUCGAGAUGGAGAAUUGUCGAUCAAGGAGCUUGGUGCAGAUGAAGUACCUCGGCACCUGCACGGAACCCAUCGCUGAAGAGCCGAAGAACUACCUCUAUCGAUAA